AUGGAAGUCAUACGAGAAGCCCCACGGAUGGGCGGGUUCGUCCCGUUGGCUGAAUUCCAAUCUGUCACACCCGAGACGUUCUCCCAGCCAGUCCUCCACUACUACAGCGAUAGAUGCAAAGUGAUAGUCCUUGAGGACGAAUUACAGCAUGCGCCAGCUAUUGCUGAACUGAUCACGAAGGCUUCACAACCAGUACAUAGUAACGAGGCAGAGAGCGAGAAUACGAAUGGUACACAGGCAGCGCAAAAGACGGUAGAAGAUAUUGACGUCUGGGUUACUUCUGAAAAGCUCUUCCUAUACUCAAAAUCUCACGAAAUAGGACUUACCAUACCCUACCCAACAAUCUCCAUCCACGCGACACAAAGCUACCCAGCCCCGAGUCCUGAGGAACCAGCCUCUCAAGCUCUCUACAUGCAACUCAUCCCAUCUCUUCCAGACAAUUCAGCCGAAGACGACGACCCUCCAGAUACCGUUUCCCUAACCAUCAUACCUACGGCCGCAGCUCCUCCGCCCUCAACCGCACCCACAGCCAACGAAGACGACGCUAUAACUUCUGAAAACGAACCACAACUCACACCAGUCCAGGCACUGUACAAGGCGCUCAGCGACUGCUCAGAUUUACAUCCAGACCCAGCUCAAGAUGAGGAUAUGGACGAAUCGGGCAUGAGUAGGCUGAUUCCUGCUGGGCUGGCUAUACCCGGGACAACAGAUGGGAGUAUGCCACCAGCUAUGCCGGGAAGUGGUGGCUGGAUCACUGCUGAGAAUAUGCAUGAGUUUGUGGAUGAGGAGGGGAACUGGAUUGGUGGCGAUGAUGAGGAGCAGGAAGAUGCUCAAGACCUGGGCCCUGGCGCAGGUACUGUAAGAUCUCGACCCGACGGUGAUGCUCAAGACGGUCAAGAUGAGGAGACGAAAUGGCAGCGAACAUCAUGA